GAGGGCCCACGAUAGAGUGUUUUUAUUUCUUGCUUUUGUUUCACGUCCAGAAAAUAACAGCAAUGGUGGAUAUUUAAAGAAAUGUCCAUAUCAGAUCGUUCGUGUGACAUUUUCGUAAUAAUUACCGGAUUGAUAUCAGAGCCAAAUCCACAGGAGGGAGGAUGAAGCGGCGCAAUGCGGAUUGCAGCAAGCUCCGACGCCCGUUAAAACGGAACCGAAUCACCGAGGGUAUAUAUAGCAGUACCUUCCUGUACCUGAAGUUUCUGGUGGUGUGGGUGCUGGUGCUGCUGGCAGACUUUGUGUUGGAGUUCAGGUUUGAGUACCUGUGGCCCUUCUGGCUCUUCAUACGCAGUGUCUACGACUCCUUCAGAUACCAGGGGCUGGCGUUCUCAGUGUUCUUUGUGUGUGUGGCGUUUACGUCUGACAUCAUCAGCCUCCUCUUUAUCCCUGUCCAAUGGCUGUUCUUCGCCGCCAGCACCUACGUCUGGGUCCAGUAUGUCUGGCACACAGAGAGAGGAGUGUGUCUUCCCACCGUAUCGCUAUGGAUACUGUUUGUUUACAUGGAAGCUGCCAUCCGCUUCAAGGACCUGAAGAACUUCCACGUGGACCUGUGUCGACCCUUCGCUGCUCACUGUAUUGGCUACCCGGUGGUGACUCUGGGCUUUGGCUUUAAGAGCUACGUCAGCUACAAGAUGAGACUGAGGAAACAGAAAGAGGUGCAGAAGGAGAAUGAGUUCUACAUGCAGCUCCUACAGCAGGCUCUGCCCCCGGAGCAACAGAUGCUACAGAGACAGGAGAGAGAGGCAGAGGAGGCGGCCAUGGCUAAAGGUGUGUCAUCAGAUGUGGACCCUACCCCGUCGGUUUCCCAAAAUGGGUCAACUCCCGGAAAGAAGACCCCCGUUAACGCUUCCGUUACCUUACCGGAACUGGAGUUCCGGGAGAAAGGGAGAGACGGGAACAGCAAGGAACGGGAGGGCAAACAACAACAACAACAACACACAAUAGGAAUCAACAACAACAGUAUCCUCCACACAUUGGACUCCACAUUACAGGAGACGGAGUAUAUGGAGAACAUAAGGGGGAAGAGACUGAACAACGACCUCGGAGGAGGAGAGAUCACACACACAGGCAACACACACACUCCCAAAGAGGAGGUGGGAGGGACAGGGGUAGGGGGAGGGAAGAACUGCAAAAAUGCCAGCGGGGGCGGUGUGGCCACAAACUCCUCCCCUCGGAAUCACAGCGCCACCAAUGGGACCGUGCCGUCGUCUGGCUUGUCCAGUAAGAACGAGAAAAAGACUAAGUCUGCCGGGAAGGGAGGAGCCAAUCAGAAGGAUCCCGUGGAGAACUGUAUUCCCAAUAAUCAACUGGGCAAGCCUGACGCUCUCGUGCGGUUGGAGCAGGAUGUGAAACGGCUGAAGGCGGACCUGCAGGCGAGCCGUCAGUUGGAGUCAGAUUUACGUUCUCACCUCUCCUCCCUGACCAGCCAGGACAGGAGUCUGCGCUCAGAGCUGGGCCAGCUGCGACAAGACAACGAGAUGCUGCAGAACAAUGCUGACCAGGCCAAGCAAAAGGACAAGCAGACCAUCUCCCAGCUAGAGAAGAAGCUGAAGGCAGAGCAGGAGGCCCGGGCGCUGGCGGAGAAACAGCUGGCUGACGAGAGGAAGAGGAAGAAGGUGGAGGAAGCCACCGCAGCCCGGGCUGUAGCACUAGCCGUAGCCUCCAGGGGUGAGUGUACCGACUCCUUGCGUGGGCGGAUCAGAGAGUUGGAGACGGAGUGUAAGAAACUCAACAUCGACGUGAAACUGGAAGAAGAGCACAUUAGAGAGCUGGAGGGGAAAUGCCAGGAGCUGCGUAAGUACAAGGAGAAUGAGAAGGACAUGGAGGUGUUGAUGUCUGCGCUGUCGGCCAUGCAGGAUAAAACCCAGCACCUGGAGAACAGCCUGUCUGCUGAGACCAGGAUCAAACUAGACCUCUUCUCUGCCCUGGGAGACGCCAAGAGACAGCUGGAGAUCGCACAAGGUCAGAUCCACCAGAGAGACCAGGAGAUAGCGGAGUUGAAGCAGAAGAUAGCGGAGGUGAUGGCGGUGAUGCCCAGUAUCUCCUACAGCAACGACAGCAGCAGCCUCAGCCCGGUUACGCCGCACUACUCCUCCAAGUUCAUGGACAAUAGUCCCUCUUCUCUUGAUCCCAAUGCAUCUGUCUACCAGCCACUCAAAAAGUGACAGUAGCACACACACAUUAAUACACACUAACACACUUACUCACAAGGCAGCAUACAUAGUCCCAUUACACACAUUAAUACACACUAACACACUUACUCACAAGGCAGCAUACAUAGUCCCAUUACACACAUUAAUACACACUAACACACUUACUCACAAGGCAGCAUACAUAGUCCCAUUACACACAUUAAUACACACUAACACACUUACUCACAAGGCAGCAUACAUAGUCCCAUUACACACAUUAAUACACACUAACACUCUUACUCACAAGGCAGCAUACAUAGUCCCAUUACACACAUUAAUACACACUAACACACUUACUCACAAGGCAGCAUACAUAGUCCCAUUACACACAUUAAUACACACUAACACACUUACUCACAAGGCAGCA